GGGCGGAGUUGAUCAGUUACCUGCCUUGUGACGUCACAGUCCGGCAGCUCCAGGUGAGUUUCCAGCGCGCCCGGACUGGACUCCACACCUGGAUCCGAGCAGAGCAGGACCCAGCUGCCCGGCCAGAGGUGGAUUAUCACCGGAUAAGCGGGUAGGAAGAUGAUGUCGAGCCGGGUUGGGACCUCGGGCGCUGGACUGAUUUUAAUAUCCCUCCACCUACUGACUUACUAUGAGGUCACACAAUGUUCUUGCGAAAGAGGAUUUUCCAGUCAUAAAGUUGUGGCAGAGAUUGCUCCGCACGUUUCCAAAGGGGAAAUUGUUCUUACAGUGCAAUUUCAAGACUGUGCCUUGGGGAGGAACGUUCGAUUGAGAACGAGCGAUAACAGCUUUGAAGUGGAUCCCGCUGGAGUUGUACGUGUGACUCAGCCUCAGACCGUCGAUCCAAAGCACAAGUUCAAAGUGUUGGCAGAAGACUUGGAAACUCAUGAAACGUGGGCAAUGGACGUCCAGUUAAUCACUCCGAGAAAGACCAAGCUUGUUAAGAGGAGCCUUCAAGUUAUUCGUUUCCCAGCAAAACAUAUCUCCAGGCGGCAGAAGAGAGAAUGGGUCAUUCCACCACUUAACAUUGUUGAAAAUGAGCAGCCAAACCACAAUCCGAUUGCUAUUAUUAGAUCAGAUGCAGAAGACAAACCUGGUUUUAAGAUAACCUACACCAUUACUGGAAAAGGGGCUAAUGAACCGCCUAUUGGUCUGUUUGUAAUCGAUCCAAAGACUGGUGAAUUAAAUGUUACAGGAACAGUGGAUCGCGAAGAAAAUCCAAAGUUCAAACUUAUAGGUCAAGCCUAUGACCAGAAUGGAGAAAAAAUGGAAAAUCCAAUAGAGCUCAUAGUUCAUGUUCGAGAUAUAAAUGAUAAUCGUCCAGUUUUCACGAAGUCAAUCUUUACCUCGAGUGUUGAAGAGCUGAGUCCACUUGGCACUUUGACAUUACAGCUAAAUGCAACAGAUGCAGACACAGGAACGAAUGCUCAGAUUUAUUACAGUAUCAUAUCAACAGAUAUUAGGCGUAAAUUUACUGCAACAGGAAAUGGAGAAAUCAAAGUCAUGGAUUCUAAUCUUGACCGGGAGACCCAGGAUUUCUAUCACUUCCUCGUUGAAGCGCGUGACAGAGGCGGAAAUAUUCAAGGAUUAAGUACGACAGCAACAGCUGAGAUCAGGAUUUUAGAUGUCAAUGAUCACAUCCCCAGUGUUCAGCAAUUGGAGUACCUAACAAAUGUGAGCGAAAACGCAAACAAUGUUGAAAUUCUACGUGUGAAGGUGACGGAUAAGGAUUUGAAGUUCAGCGAUAACUGGUUGGCGAAAUUUGUUAUUAUUGAUGGGGACGAUGACCAACACUUCAGGUUCGAAGUGGAUAACCGAACGAACGAAGGAAUUUUGAUUGUUCAGAAGGAAUUGGACUAUGAAGAAAUGAAAGAGGUGGAUUUGGUUGUGCGCAUCUUUAAUAAGGCAAAGUUCCACAGCUCUGUGCCGGACACCAAGCGUCCAAAUCCUAUUAAAAUAAAAAUCCAGGUGAAAAACAUGAAAGAAGGUUUCAAAUUUAGGCCCUCAAUAUGGCAGGUAAUGAUUAAGGAAAGUAUUACUGCCAAGAAGGUACAUCAAGUGAUUGGAACAUAUGCUGCAGUUAGUGCCGACACUGGGGAACAGAGUAAGAUGACUAAGUAUGCAAAGAAUUUUGAUGAAGCUAACUGGUUAGUUGUCAAUUCUGAAACUGGGGAGGUUACUUUUGUUGGUGUUCCUGAUCGAGAAUCUAGAUAUGUGAUUAAUGGGACAUACACUGCAACCAUAUUGGCCAUGAAUAAUGCACAUGGCCAGGCCUCAACUUCCACUGGAACCAUUGUGAUUAGAGUGGAAGAUGCCAAUGAUAAUUUGCCAAACUUUGAAAAUUCACACCCAUGUAUGUGCAGCAACACAAAAUCCUUGAACCUCACUGCUUCUGAUCCAGAUGGUUAUCCUUAUGGAGCCCCUUUCAGUUUUAAUAUAAACUCAAAUAAGAAGUGGAAAUUAGGACGUACUGAUGCAACUAGCAUGGAGCUGAUUCCAUUAAUUGAUUUAUGGCCCGGGAUGUUCAAUGUACCAAUAUCUGUCAGAGACAACGGUGGCAAUGGACACCUUGUCAACCUUAACAUUCAAGUCACUGAUUGCCAUGACACCACCAUGUGUUCUGCAGAGAAAUUAUUUCAGUCAACAAACGCGUUCCUCGGUGGUGCUGCGAUUGGUCUCAUGAUUCUGGCGUUGCUGCUGCUAUUACUUGUUCCUUUGCUGCUGCUGCUUUGCCAAUGCGGUGGCCAAAUUGGUGGUAAAGGUUUUUCAAUGGUACCUGAUGAAGUUGAAGGAACCCUAGGAAAAAGCAGCAUUGAAGGUGGAGGACAGGUUGACACGAUGGUGCCAUUGAUUACUCCUGUGGAUCAGUUGGGAAUGCACGCACAAGCGAAGAGAAUUACUGGAGGAAGUGGAAUGGUCGGGUCCGGCGGAAUGGUCGGGUCCGGCGGAAUGGUCGGGUCCGGCGGAAUGGUCGGGUCCGGCGGAAUGGUCGGGUCCGGCGGAAUGGUCGGGUCCGGCGGAAUGGUCGGGUCCGGCGGAAUGGUCGGGUCCGGCGGAAUGGUCGGGUCCGGCGGAAUGGUCGGGUCCGGCGGAAUGGUCGGGUCCGGCGGAAUGGUCGGGUCCGGCAAAAUGGUCAGUUCCGGUGGAAUGGUCAGUUCCGGUGCAUUCGUGGCAUCCUGUGGGGGGAAACUAUCCCAAACAGAUGGGAGGUCCAAGCAACAGGCAAUUUGGGUGGAACCUAAUUAUGGAUCUUCUGAAGCAGAUUCGAGCCGAUUGAUUCCUUUGGAUAAUGGAAAUGUUUACUUCAAGAGCCAUGGGAAUUCCAAUUGCAGAGGAUCAUGGUCAAGUGGAAGAAUGUUGGAAGGCUCUUGUGCGACCUAUGUGAAACAAUACCUGAAUCAGAAGUUGACUACCUCUGCUGUGGGAGGUGAGCCUCACGCUGCACCGGACGUUUUGCUGAUUUUCAACAGCGAGGGGAUGAAUUCGCCCGUUGGCUCCCUCAGUAGCUGCAGCUCCAUUGAGGGCCUCGUCAACGAUGACUCCUUCUUGAACGACCUGGGCCCGAAGUUCAGGACCCUAGCUGAAAUCUGCAGGGGCCAAGCUGAGGGUCAGUGCUCUGCAUUCAGCGAACCUGAGACCCCAGAGCCGGCAGCGGCUGCCGAUCGCCUGGUCCAACAGACGUAUGAGGCGAAGGAAGAAUCCUUUUCAUCCGAGGCUGUCAAGCUACAGAGUACGGCCGAGAAAGCGCCAGCACAUUUCCAGAAACACAUAGUCGUGACCACAACCAUUAAUCCCAGUAGGGAGAAGCCGCCAGGCAGAACUGAUCCAAUGUUAGUCCAGAGAAGUGCAAUGGCAAGCACCAGAUCAGGCGUUGAGGAGUUGCAGGUCAUGUCCUCGAACAGUGACCCAGCGCUGGCUCGGAAAAUGGCAGCAGCAUCCAAAUUUAAUUCCGGACAGGCGGAAGGCACAAUCCCAAUGUACUCCCCAAUUCCUGCUGUCCAAAAAAACGUUGUAGUGACUAGGUCAGUUCAUUCAGGCACAGGAGAAGUUCCAGGCAUGGUUACUGGCCCAUCGUUUCAACCCAUGCCUCUAGUCCAGAAGAAUGUGGCCGUGACCAGAUCAGUUAAUUCCGAUGCAGGAGAGACGCGAGGCAUGAUUGGUCAGAUACCUGUAAUCCAGAAGAAUGUCGUAGUGGGUCAGUCAGUUAAUUCAGGAGCAGGAGGUGUGCAAGGUUCCAGCUUUAUCACUGAACCGGCAAUUGUGGCAAAUUUGGUCACGGAAGCGUCCGGAGGUGGGACGUACAGAUCAGUUAAAAAAGUAACCAAAACUGUACGGUUAGUUCAGGAAUAGACUUUUCCUUCAAUCGAAGAAAGCCAAGUUAAUUUGGCUUGCAAUAUCGCUGGAGGGAAGACAUUACACCUAAAAAUAAGCACAAUAUUGGUCAUUUUAAAGGUGGACGGUUGUUUGGAGGGGUUGUAUACUUUUCAGGGAUCUGCCGCGUAUGCUUUUUGAUUCAACGUUGCAAGAAUUAAGCACACAGUUUCCGCAGUGCGAAUAUAUGUUGCGUUAGGUUGAUAGUCAGUUGUUUGAUAGGCUGGUGGUUGCUUACCUAUUUAGAAUUGGUCAAAUUGAUCAAGGCAUGGAGAUUUUUUUAAAUUGCAAAUUGUAUUUAUCAGAGAUAAAAUAAAUUAUUCUAUCUACUUUUUGGAUUUCACGUUUCUGUCUCCAGAUCCAACAAAAGGAUUUUUUUUGCAAGAAUAGUGGAACAAUUUGUCAAUAUAUUUGCCUUCUGAAGUGGCCUAGCUAACAAUUGAGCUGUAAGCCUGAAGUCACACAUAAGCCAGACCAGGUAAGGGUGGCAGAUUUCCUCCUCUAAAGGGCAUUAGUGAACCAGAUGGGGUUUUUUUAAAAUAACCUUCCAGUAGUUUCAUGGUCAGGCUUAGUCAAUACUUGCUUUUUAUUCCAGAUAUAUUUAAUUAAUAAAAUUUAUGUUCCCCAGCUGUCAUGAUGGGAGUUGAACUCCAGUAUUGGGAAUACUAGUCCAGUAGCAUAAACACUAGGCUACCUUACCCCUCAUACAGCGGUUGUGAUCUAAUCAAGGUAUAUGAGGAACGUUUGAGGACUCUGGGUCUAUACUCGGUGGACUUUAGAAGGAUGAGGGGGGAUCUGAUUGAAACUUACAGAAUACUGAAAGGCCUGGAUAGAAUGGACGUGGGGAAGAUGU